AAUUCCCACAUUCAUUCAGUCAAUAAAUUUUAUAUUAAAGUUAGAAUGGUAAACAAGUUCCAGGUAAGUGAACUAUCCGGUGCUCUAAUAUCAUGGCCAAGUCGUCUUAAAAUUGGUGCUAAAACCAAAAAAGAUCCAUAUGUAAAGAUUUUCGGUACUCCUGAUGAAGUUAACAGUGCACGACAAUUGAUAACAUCAAGGCUGAAAGUUAAGCGAGAUCGAAUAUCCCUCAGAAUUGAAAUUUUUCAUGCUGAGCAUUCGAAAAUAAUCGGUCGCAAAGGCAAAAACACACAAGAAAUAAUGCGCGAAACCUCAUGCCAUAUUCAUUUUCCAGAUUGCAAUAAAUCACUUUCUAAAAAUAAUCAGGAACUUUCACCGCUCUGUAUUUCAUUUGAUCUACCUCGUAUUGAACGCUGCGAAUUGCAAAAUAUACAAAAAAAACUUAAAAAAUUUGAUUUAUUCAUAACUUUUCGCGAAAAUGAAAAUGAUGGAAUUGUUUGUAUGUUGAAAGGAACGCAGCAACAAGAGAAAAAUAUGGUUCAAGCGUCCAUCGCCCUCACAGAAAUAUGUAAAGAGCAGUUGAAUGUUGAUACUGAAUUUGUUUGUCACACGAUCAUUAAUGCCCAUCAUUCGUUAAUGAAUGAAGAAAAGAGGGAAGAUCUGCAACGGCUUGCCGAAGAAACAUCAACGCAGAUCUUUUAUUCAUCGCUUAGCAGUGUAGAUUUUGAAUUGCUCAUUGUUGGUCGCAUCGUUGGUGUCCUUAUUGCAAGAAGAUUUAUUAUAGGUUUAUUACCCGUUGCGAUCCAUUUUGAUCGAAUCGUUGAUUCAGAAAAUGAGAUAAUCGAUAAAGCUAUGAUCAAAGCUGAAUAUGGGGUGAAUAUCAAUGAGGGUCAAAGGACUAAUAGAAACAUUGGAAAUAUAUCGGUAAAUUUGGUUUUUGAAUACGUUGUAUUAAAUGGCAUUGAAAUGAACUUAUUUCAAAUGUACCAAGCUAGAAUUAAAAUAUUAAAAACAGAUGAAUAUAUAUAUGGUGACAUGGAUGCAUUUAAAGAUUUAAAACCUGGAAGACUAUGCAAGCUCAUGAACAUUUUGCGAUAUGAAAGUGUCGAGUCUUUAAAUACUUUCAAAAGAAAGCAAGAUGGUAACAAUGAAAUUAGCUCAACACUAGCAAAUUAUCAAAUUAUCAAUAAUGAUGGAAUGCAAUUUUCAUGCAUACAGUCUGUGGAUCAUAAUCAAUUACAGUUAACCUCACUUGACUUCCUUAAAAGUGAUGAGGAUCAUAUGGUAUCUGUAACACCAGAUCCAAACGAUUCACCUCUUGCUCAUUCAUUACUUGAAGGUGUAAAACGGCUAAAUCUCGCUCAUAAUACUCGGCAACAAAAUGAGACUAGAGAACAAUUGUUGCUUAAAGCAAAUCGUGCCAAAAUGUGUCAGCCAACAGAUCUUUGGUCGGGAUAUGGUUUUAGCAAUUCAUUACCUGCAGAAAUUCUCAAAACUGAAUUCGAUAUGCCAGAAAAUUCAUUUACUAAUCACUGCGAUUAUUACAAUAUGCUUUCAACUGAUAACGAAACGUCGGUAUUAUCAUUGCCUCCAUUCGCUGGCUUGGCUUCGGUUCUUGAAGAAGAUGAAUUUGGCGAUCUUCAUCAUAAUAGUCUAAGUUCAAGUUCAGAUUUGUUAGCUGCAUCAUCAUCGUCCCACAAUUUCCAUCUUAUGCAAAUAAAUCAACCAAUAAAUAUAAGACCCAAACGGAGAGAUUUUUCGGCGUCAACAGGAAUUUUCGAGUCAUCUCCCCGAAGUGAUGCUAUCUGGGAUAUUAGGAUAUUUGUCGAUCCAGCGAUGGUACUAUCUCAGUUGGGCUGCAGCGAAUACUUAGCGAGAUUUCGGGAACAAGAGAUCGAUAUGGAAGCUUUUCUAUUGCUCGAUGAGCAGAAUCUUCGUGAUAUCGGUGUUUCAACAAUGGGUGCGAGAAAAAAGAUCUACAAUGCAAUUCUAAGUAUGUUUAUCUGA